AUGGCAGGAAAAGACAGAAUUAGUGAACUCCCCGUGAAUAUACUUGACAAUAUUUUGGGACUUUUGCCCAUUCAAGAAGCUGCUAGAACUGCGAUUUUAUCUUCCAGAACCUGGUUUAGUCUGACAAAGCUCAACUUCGGUUGUAAUUUCUUUGAUUACCUAUGUCUUAAAUAUUCCAAUGUUGAAGGUGGGAGGUCGGAAUCUCCUAUUUUUGAUGUAAUCAACAAAAUUCUCAUGCGGCACAAUGGACCUAUUCACAAAAUUGUCUUCGAUUUCUCUGAAGAACUAUUGGAAUUCCCUUUCUUUGAGGAAUUUGAAUUCAAGGAUAGAGUUAAUUUGUUGUCGUACAACUUGAAUCAGUGGUUUCUUCUUCUCACCCAGAAUGGUGUUGAAGAAAUUGUCAUUGUUUGUCAUAUAGAUAAAGACGCAAGAUGCAGGGUGCCGAAUUGCAUAUUUUCUUGCCCAACACUGAAGAGAUUGGAUCUUUAUAAUAACUUGUUCAGAUUAUGUUGUUUAUCUUCCUAUGUAGAGGAUAUCUCAUUUCUCUAUUGCGAUAAGAUAUUUUAUUUUAACAUUGUUGCACCAAAACUUGGUAGUUUGGAAAUCAUCCUGCCCGAGUGUUGUGAUUAUUUCGAAGAAUUUGGUCUUUUGCCGCCUAACUUAGACUUCAGAUCUAUAUCAAGUCUUAAUUUGGAAUGUUCCACUUGUUGCUUUGAGGUGUUUAUUGAAGAACUUAAUAGAGUAGGACAACUGUUUGCACUAAACGUUGAACGCCUCAUGCUAUGUAUAUCAAGUGAUGAUAGCUGUUUGCCAGAUAAUAUAAAUAAUUCUGCAUUCAUACGUCUGCUGCGAGCAUGCCCAAAAUUAUGCGAACUUGAUCUAAGUGAUCAACUUGAUAUAUGUGUUCUAAAGUUUUUAAAGUUAAAUCCAAAGGAUUUUGUGCUUAUGGAAGAACUCAGCAGUGUGGCUCGAACACAGAAAAUGCUUCGCACUUUGAAGUUUACCCAUUUUAAUGGGUUGAGGUCUGAAAUGCAGUGUAUUAAGACUUUCCUUGCUUGCUUUCCCGGAAUUGAGAAGGUUGUCAUCGUUCGAGGUUGGAUUCCCUCCAUCGUUCGAGGUUGGAUUCCCUCUUAUGAAGAAUCCUCUGAUGAAGAAUUUGAAAUUAUGCAGGAACUUCUACGUUUCCCUUGUGCCUCUACAAAAGCAGAAAUUUGUUACAAAUCUAAAUUUUAUGAUGUUUCCUUAGUACGUUAGUUCUGCAUUGUAUAAUGGUUUGUGAGAUUGCUUAUUAGGUUUGAAUGUACUAUGACAACUGUAGUUGGGUUUAAGGUGUAUUAAUUGUUUGCUCCCGGUAUUAUAUUAAG